AUCAGCUGUUACUUAAAAAAUAUUCCUGCUAAAAAUGAAUAUUUUACCACAUAAAAGUUGGCACGUCCGCACAAAGGCAAACAUCGCCAGAGUCCGAAAAGAUGAAGCCAAAGCAGCCGAGGAAGAAAAGGAGCGUCAGCGACGUAUCGAUUUGGCCGAACAAGAAGCUCGAAUCGAAAUAUUACGCAAAAAAGCCCGAUCUAACAGAGAAUCUCCACAACAUCAUAUCGACGGACAAAGCAGCACUUCGUCUGUAAAACUUACAGAUUCACAACACGUAAAUUUAUUUCAAGCACUUGAAGAGGGUCGAGAUACCGUCAAAAAACCCAAUGCCGAACACGAGAAAGAAAAAAAGGAGGAGCAGGAAAAGUAUGAGAAACAAAUUGGAUAUUUGACGUAUCUGGGUCAAGAUACAAACGAAUCGCUGAAAAAGCAAGAUUGGUAUGAAGAGUUGCCGGAUCGUGACAAAAGUAAAACGGAUAGAACAGAAGUUGGACUAAAAUUCAAAUCGUAUCACGAUCCCUUGAAUGUUAUAAGAAAGUUUUUACCUAAUGAAAAACUAGAACCGGCAUGUGGCUCUAGAAGUCUCGCAACGAAAUAUGAGCCUCUUAUGUCCCAAGUAAUGUCCAUCAAUAAGGAACUGGAAACGAGAAAAGAAUCGAAGCGCAGUAAAAAGAAAUCAAAGAAAAAGUCGAAAAAACAUAAAAAUAAGCACAAAAAGAAAAAGUCAUCCAGCAAAAAAAGAAAACACGAAUCUAGUACGGAAUCAUCGUCUUCUUCAACAGAAAGUGACGAAGACGACGCAGAAACGCAAGCACUAAAAAGACAAAAACUAGAAAUUUUACGACAAGAACGACUGAAAAGGGAGCAAGUAGAACGAGCGAGGGCUGAACAAUUAUUGGCCAAAGUAAGGGGAGAUCCACCACCGAAACCCAAGAUUCCGAAUGAACCAGAACGACCCCAAAUCAAACAAAAGUACAACUCACAAUUCAAUCCAGAACUAGCAAGACAAAAUUACGAUGAUCGAUGA